AGGAGUUUUACCACCGUCAUUUGUGGCAAUUCAAGCUGGAACAACAUUAUACCAACUAACAUACUACGGUGAAGCAGUGUCAUGGACCUCCAUACUUGCACUUGCAUUCUUUGCAAUUUUAUCCAUUCUACCGGUUUUACUAAAACACAAGCUACGAGAAAAAUAUGAGUAGAUAGUUAACUUUAUUAUUUUUCUCACCUGGUGAUCAAACUUUUAAAGGGCAUUAUAUCCAUAAUGUCAGUGGAAAGCUAUAUUUUGAGUAUCUAGCAGGUUAAACAUUAUCAACCCCACUGCCCACCGCAAUUAAACAAUGGUAUAGUCCAUUGUGAGUGGUUUUUGUGUGGGUGCUUAUUGUCAAGGGUGGUUUUUAUCUAAUUUCCAAUAUAUUCCAGUUAGAUUUACUUUAUACUCUGUCAGGUACUUUUUAUGUUUGCAAUCAAGAAUUUUUGUGUACUAUAUAUUUAUUGUUUACGUCAAAUUCUCCAAGGAUUAACAACAGUACAGUAUACAAAAUUCUACAUUUUCGAGAUCCUAAAUUUGGGUCAAUAUAAGAUCUUACUAAAAAUGAAUCGCCCCUCCCCAUGAGAUCUUAAACUUGGGGCUAUACAAGAUCUUCCUAAAAACAAAUCAUUUCCCCCCCC